AUGAACAACGACGCCGAUAGCCCCAGCCUCUCCCCCUCGACCGCGUUGCGGCACCAACCGCGUCUGCAGCUCCCCACAACAUGCGAGCCACCAACGAGCAGCAGCUGUGGCGCCGACGCCAACAACAACCCGGUCAAGCAGGCGACGUGGAUCAUCUUCGGCGCGACGGGCCACAUGGGGCGAUCGCUGACGCGGGCGGCGCUGGCGCACGGCGACCGCGUGGCCGCCGUCGGAUGGACGCAGGAGAACACGGCCGAGCAGAUGAAGCGGUGGGAGGCCGGCAACGGGCCCAACUGCCUCGGCCUGCUGUGCGACGUGCGCGCCCGCGAGACCGUAGCCGCCGCCGUCAGGGCCGUCACGCACCGCUGGGGCUCCUUCGGCAUCGUGGCCAACUGCACUGGCUACGGCGUCAUCGGGGCGUGCGAGGAGCAGGACGAGGCCGAGCUGCGCGCGCAGGUCGAGACGAACUUCUUCGGCACUGUACAUAUCCUCCAGCUCACGCUGCCGCUGUUUCGUGCCCAGCAGCAUGGCAGAUACUUGAUUUUUAGCAGCACCGCUGGCGCGUUGGGCGUUCCCGGGCUGGGGCCGUAUUGCGCGACGAAGUAUGCCGUGGAGGGAUUGAUUGAAAGUAUGUUGUAUGAGGUGGACGCGUUUAAUAUCAAGGCGACGCUGGUAGAGCCAGGGCAUGUGCGGUUGGAUGAGCCGGACGAUGGUGACGGGGAGGGCCUCAAGUUGAAGCGAUAUGGCCACUUCUUCGUGAAGCCGGCAAGCGAGCCGUACAAUGGCCUGACUGCGCCUGCUGGACAUGCGAAGCGCAUGGUUCAAUGGUUGAAUGAUCGGCAACCUACUAGUGCAGUCAAAAGUGCGGAACUGGUCUGGCAGCUGGGACAUUGCUCGUAUCCGCCAUUGAGACUAUUAUUGGGCUCUUAUGCGGUGGACAGCAUCAGAGACCGCUUGAGAAGUGUGAUUGAGGAGAUCGAGGAUUGGAAACACCUAAGCUUUCCACAAAACCCCGAUGAAGAGCAACAGCAGCCAUCACAACAGCCAGCGGGAACCCAGGACAGUGGAGAAUGA